AUGCGGAUUCGUCGACAACCUCGCAGGAGACCUCAAGUUAAGCGACCCCCAAGCAAGCUGAAUAUUGAUCUGUUCUCUUUGACUGCCAACCAUCUUCAUUUCCGCAACGAGCUAUCUCGACAGCCAGCUAACCUUCCAGUCAGCGCCGCCGCCGCCGCCGCCGCCAUGGAGGAGAAAGCCUCCGUGGAGGACCGGUGGUGUCAACUGCGGAACACAGUCUGGUCGACGGCCCCAGCUGUCCUUAGUCGCGUACGUCGCCAGCAUCAGGACUGAUCUGAUGACAACGACGCCGCCAUCAGCAACCUGCUCGUCGAGAAGAACCGUCUGCACAAAGCCCACGUCAAUCGUCCCACCGACGACAAUAAUGCAGCAUUAUGCCGUAGUAGCAGGUUUGUGCAACAGCGGCUGCUGGAGAUGCAGAACGCUGGGAUGGCUCGAAAAGUCGAUGAGAUUCGAAGGUGCGCGAACCGAAACGAAUAGAAAACUAUCUUAUCCGCGAUCAAGGCUGUCUACAGCCCCACAACUAAGGCAACUGCACCUCUUCUCAGCGCCAAAGGAAGUACCCUGAUCACCGAGAAGACACACAUCCUACAGCGAUGAGCCGCGAACUUCAGAGGCGUUCCCAACCGUCCCUCCACCAUCUCCGACGCCGCCAUCGCUCGUCUGCCUCAAGUGGAGACCAACAUUGACCUCGAUCUCCCGCCCUGUCUCCGCGAAGCCAUCAGGGCAGUGUAGCAACUCUCUAGCAGGAGGGCGCCCGGAUCAGAAGAGAUCUCUGUUGAAAUCUACAAACACGGUGGUCCCCAAAUCGUGGAUCAUCUGACGGCGUUCUUCCAGGAGAUAGGGCUUCAAGAAGAAGUCCCGCAGGAUUUCAAGGACGCCACAAUCGUGCACCUGUACAAGCGGAAAGGGAACCGCCAAACCUGCGGCAACCAUCGAGGCAUUUCCGUAGUGAACAUCGCCGGGAAAAUCUUAGCUCGCAUCCUUCUUCACCGGCCUGGACAACCAUCUGGAACAAGGUCUCCAGUCGGAAAGCCAGUGCGGCUUCCGCCGUCAUCGUGGGACUACCAACAUGAUCUUAGUGGCCUAUCAACUGCAGAAGUGUCAGGAUAUGCGUAUCAACUUCUACUAUACCUCCAUGGAUCUAAAAAAAGCCUUCGCCAGGGUGAAUCUCAAAGAAAUGUGGAAAAUCAUGCGGAAAUCCGGCUGUCCCGAACGAUUCACUCAUGUGGUGUGUCAGCUCAACGAUGGCAUGAUGGCGUGA